UGGGGGCCAAGCGAAAGGCAUGUAAGCCCCACUCCUCUCUCUCUCUCUCUCCUUCUGUGACACUCGCACCAUCUUUUAGCCGCAGACACUGCCUCAGACAAACGCUCCUCUUCCAGUUCAGGGUAAAUUCUGAAAAUAUCUGGUGUUUUAGAUAUGAAAUUGCGAUCGGGCUGUGAAAUGGAGGGUAUUUCUUUGGAACGUUUAUCUUUAUCAGCCCCAUGAGUUGUCUUUGGCGGCACUGCGGAGAUUAAUUUGUUUAGUUUCUUCUUUUGGAAUCAUCUGAAGAUUUUUUUUUUUCUCUGGGAAAGGGCUGAGACAGAGGUGGGAAAGGAAGGAAGGCAGGAGGACCGAGGAGGGUUUAUAGGGUUUAUCGCUGGUCUGUUCUGGGAGGUAUUUUGUUGGAUGGAAUUUAUUUCAUAGGGGAGAAGGGCCAUGCGGAAGUCUUUUAAGGAUUCCCUUAAAGCUCUUGAAGCUGAUAUUCAGCACGCCAAUACCCUUGCAUCUGAGUAUCCGAGGGAAUAUGAUGGUGCUUGCUUCCAGAUGAGAUUAUCUUAUAGUCCAGCUGCUCACUUCUUUCUCUUUCUUGUUCAAUGGACUGAUUGUCACCUUGCUGGUGCCCUUGGGUUGCUUAGAAUCCUUAUUUAUAAGGCAUAUGUGGACGGUAGGACGACUAUGUCCAUACAUGAAAGAAAAGCCAGUAUAAGAGAGUUUUAUGGUGUCAUAUUCCCUUCUUUAUUGCAACUUGAAAGAGGAAUUACUGACGUGGAAGAUAGAAAACAAAAGGAGAUCUGUGCAGCCAAAUAUAAAAGAAAAGAUAAUGUUGACAAGGGCAAGCUGUCUGAAAUUGAUGUAGAAAGAGAAGAAGAAUGUGGAAUUUGUAUGGAGAUGAACAGCAAGGUUGUCUUGCCCACUUGUAAUCAUUCUUUGUGUAUGAGGUGCUAUCGGAAUUGGCGUGCGCGGUCACAGUCCUGCCCCUUCUGCCGGGAUAGCCUUAAGAGAGUGGAUUCAGGUGACCUGUGGAUUUACACCAACAUUAAUGAAAUCACAGACUUGGGUUCAAUCUCUAGGGAAAAUUUGAAGAGGCUCUUCAUGUACAUUGAUAAUUUGCCUCUCAUUGUUCCAGAUCCCAUGUUUGUUUCCUAUGACACCCCUUUCCGGUAAGGGCUUGUUUAUGUGGCACUGAAAACUAUCUGUAAAUGCCUUGUUGGUUGUAUAGAUAUAAUAUCUAUUUAUUCUGUGUUGCCCCUCCUUUGGGCUCACUGUAAAUACAUGUUUGGGUGUUAGCAGGCUUGGCUUUUAAUGUCUUCCCAUUCCAGUCAUUGAAUAUAAAUUUGUUUGUUGAUUCA